AUGCCCCAGACGGAUAAGACAUCCAUCACGGACGAUUGGGUCCGGUAUCUCCCAUUACUUGCGGAGCCUGCGUCAAGAACGGCUAGGCAGAAAAAGUCAAGUAUUACAGCACACGGGCCCCUUGGCUAUCGUCUCGCGAUUUUGACCAGCCUGGCAAGCCACGGUGGACCGAUGAUCCACAGAAUGUUUGCGUGGAACGCUAGAAACCCUGCAUAUGGCGAUGGCUUGCAUACUUCAGCCCGAGUGAACCAUGACUACGGAGUAGAGAGGGCAAGACGAUGGGCAGCGAAGCAGAGCAUGCCUCACGCUAGGAAAAUCCGCCAUGCCCUGCCUGGCGACAACAACUCUUCUUCUGAGUCCGAGCACUUGCAUGAAUCGAUCCAUCAGGCGAGUCCUGGAACUCCGAGGAAGUGGGAUAGCCGCUCGGGGUUGAGAUUUCCUCAUCUGAAAGCGGCAGCUGGGGCUGAUCACCAAGCAGGAGUGAUAAUUCGGCUUCUUUUACCGUAUUGCUUGGAGCAUAGCGAUGAAGCCGCCAAUAUUUUGAAUGGGAACUACUGUGUGCUUCACCAAAUGCCCAAGCUUGAGCUACACAUCCGCAUCUAG